UUGCGACGUGAUGACGCAGCGCGCAGCCUGGUCUGUCUCCCAAGAUGGCGGCGCGCAGGGCGCGGAGGCCGCGCUGUCGCUGAGAGGCCCCGCGCUCCGGUGCGGCUCCCGCUCUCCGCGAGCCCUAAUUUAGAUCUGUCUGUGACCGAUACCACGAGUUGUGAAGUUGUGAUUCCAUAACCACCGUGAGGCAAAGACAGUUUCCUUUAUUCUGAAAAAGAGAAACUUUUUGAAGGUCCUGAAGUGACUCUCUGAAGACUUUGUUUUUGAAAAUUUAAACAGCAAAAACAAUUCUGUUUUAAUAAAUGAAGGAGAAUAAAGAAAAUUCCAGCCCUUCUGUAAACUUGGCAAACCUGGACCAUACAAAGCCAUGCUGGUACUGGGAUAAGAAAGAUUUGGCACACACACCAUCACAGCUUGAAGGGCUUGAUCCAGCUACAGAGGCACGAUACCGCAGGGAAGGGGCCAGAUUCAUAUUUGAUGUGGGAACACGUUUAGGGCUACAUUAUGACACUCUAGCAACCGGAAUAAUUUAUUUCCAUCGGUUUUAUAUGUUUCAUUCCUUCAAACAGUUCCCAAGAUAUGUGACAGGAGCCUGCUGUCUCUUCCUGGCAGGAAAGGUUGAAGAAACACCCAAGAAAUGUAAAGACAUAAUUAAAACAGCUCGCAGCUUGCUAAAUGAUGUACAGUUUGGGCAGUUUGGAGAUGACCCAAAGGAAGAAGUGAUGGUACUUGAAAGAAUCUUACUACAAACAAUAAAGUUUGAUUUGCAAGUGGAACAUCCAUACCAAUUUCUUCUCAAGUAUGCCAAACAACUCAAAGGAGACAAAAAUAAAAUUCAAAAACUGGUUCAAAUGGCAUGGACAUUUGUCAAUGACAGCCUCUGCACUACCCUGUCCCUGCAGUGGGAGCCUGAGAUCAUAGCUGUUGCAGUCAUGUACUUAGCAGGCCGUUUGUGUAAGUUUGAAAUACAGGAAUGGACAUCAAAACCAAUGUACAGGCGAUGGUGGGAGCAGUUUGUCCAAGAUGUUCCUGUUGAUGUUUUGGAAGACAUCUGCCAUCAGAUCCUGGAUCUAUACUCACAGGGAAAACAACAAAUGCCUCAUCAUACUCCUCAUCAGUUGCAGCAGCCACCGUCUCUUCAGUCUACACCCCAGGCACCUACAGUACAGCAGUCACAGCAAUCCCAGAGUUCAGAGCAAUCCCAGACACAGCAGCAGAAAGAGUCUCAGCAGUCAGCACAGCAACAGCAGCAGCAGCAGCAAACACAAGCACAGCAAUCUAAAAAGCCCUCUCCCCAGUCAAGUCCUCCUAGACAGAUUAAAAGACCAGCAGCUGUAUCUCCAAAAGAAGAAACAAAGGCAGCAGAACCACCGCCACCAUCUAAAAUUCCUAAAAUUGAAACUUCACAUCCACCAAUACCUCCUGCACAUCCACCUCCAGAGCGCAAGCCUCCUUUGACAACAGCAGUUUCCAUGGGAGAACCAGAGCAAUCUACUACUGUGGACUCAGUAGAUAUGCCAAAGGUCCAGAUUCCUCCUCCUGCUCAUCCUGCCCCAGUACAUCAACCUCCCCCUCUGCCACAUCGUCCCCCACCCCCACCCCCCACCAGUUAUAUUACAGGGAUGUCUACUACAAAUUCUUACAUGUCAGGGGAGGGUUAUCAAAGUCUCCAGUCAAUGAUGAAGACAGAAGGACCAACAUACGGAGCUUUACCACCGGCCUAUGGACCACCAGCUCAUCUACCAUAUCAUCCUCAUGUCUACCCUCCCAACCCUCCACCACCAGUUCCACCUCCACCCCCUGCUUCUUUCCCCCCACCCAAUAUUCCACCUCCUACUCCUGGAUAUCCUCCUCCGCCUACAUACAACCCCAACUUCCCACCUCCAAGACUGCCUCCAACUCACGCAGUGCCACCUCAUCCACCUCCAGGGCUGGGAAUGCCACCAGCUAGUUACCCCCCUCCUACUGUUCCCCCAGGUGGACAGCCACCUGUACCACCUCCAAUUCCACCACCUGGUAUGCCACCUGUAGCAGGACUUGGACGUGCUACAUGGAUGAGAUAGCAUGAGGUAAUUUGCACGAAUAUACCUUUUUGUUGAUUAGGCAGGAGUAGAUAGCCAAAACCUACAUUGUAAAGAUGAAGAGGAGGGUAAUCUGUAUAAUUUAGAUGAAGAAAGGAGAUUAAAUGAAAAUUUAGCUGAUCUGUUUGCAGUAUGGUUUAUGGUGAGUUAUAUAGGCUUCUAGAUUUUAAUCAGCUUUGCAGUAUCUAUUCUAACUUUAUACAUUUGACUUAAGUUUAAAUUGUCUUGACUUAUUCCAGCACUGGAUUACUUUGUACUAGCAAAACCAGCCAUAUUGGCUUAAUUAUAUCAGUAAGAAGAAAAUUUCCUUCUAGAAAUCAGUGCCUAUUUUUAAAUAUCAAAAUAGCCAGAUACUAUGAUAUUUGAUCUAUAAUAAGAAACUUCAUUUUUAAUAGUAAGUAAACCAACACGAUGUCAAGCAUAAAAGCUGCUUUAUUUAAGAGAGAUUCUGAAUGCUAGCUGACUGGAAUAAUUUUGAGGUGUUUGCCUUGCUGAUAGUUUUGGUUUGGAAUGUACUGGUAUCUUAAAAUAUUGUAUGUUUACACCUAUUUGCAAAUUCCUGUACAUAAUAUAUAUAUUUUCUAAGUGUGAAAGUCUGAAUGUAACAGCCUACUGUGAUGUACAUCAUAGUUAUAACUGGGACUACUUUGUUCACUCUACCCAAAUAAAAUUGGUUCUGAAUUUA